ACUACUACCUGGUAUCAUAUUCAGCAGAACAAGAAUAUUAAUUUGCAAAUUUAACAUCUAUCCUAGGUCCAAACAGUUGAUAAAGGAUGCAAUAUUGGACAAUGACUUCCUAAAAAACCUUGACAAGGCCCAACUGCGAGAGGUGAUAGACUGUAUGUAUGAGAGGACGACGCAGAAGGGACAGUUCAUCAUCACGGAGGGAGAGGCAGGACAGCACCUGUUCGUUUCCGCGGAGGGGGAAUUAAAUGUUCUGAAGGAUGGACGUUCCCUGGGAACAAUGACUGCGGGAAGAGCGUUUGGUGAGCUGGCGAUCCUCUACAACUGUACGCGUACGGCGAGCGUCAAAGCUCUAAGCGACGCUCGACUAUGGGUAUUGGACAGAAGUGUGUUCCAAGCUAUAAUGAUGAAAACUGGACUACAGCGCCAAGCUGAAAACAUCAAAUUUCUUCGCAGCGUUUCACUUCUUAAAAGACUUCCCAGUGAAAAACUAGCGAAAAUAGCUAGUGUCCUAGAAAUGGAUUUUUUCCAUGAAGGAGAAUGCAUCAUAAGGGAAGGGGAGGCAGGAGACACUUUCUUCAUCAUUAACAAAGGAGAGGUGGAAGUGCAACAGAAGCUCAAAGGUUUCAGUGACCCUCAGAAGAUAAGGAAUCUCAAGAGGGGUGAUUACUUUGGUGAAAAAGCUUUGUUAAGUGAGGAUUACCGAACUGCCAGUGUAGUAGCCAAAGCACCAGGGGUGGAGUGCCUCACAAUUGACAGGGAAUCCUUUACCCAGUUAAUUGGAGAUCUGAACGAACUUCGAGAAAAGGAUUAUGGAGAUGAAGCAAGAAAUGCUCAAAGGCUUUUCAACAAAAAAACAAAGCGCCUUCGGAAAAUUGCACAUAUAAUUAGGGCCUCGGAAUCAGAUAUUCCCGCAUCCCCUGGGCGUCAAAAGAUGGAGCGUGAGUUGGCCAAUGUUGGCCUGCAUCAGCUGGAGGUGUUAGCAACGCUAGGACUUGGGGGAUUUGGGAGAGUGGAACUGAUUCAGCUUAGUACAGACAGAACCAAAACAUAUGCCCUGAAGUGCCUUAAGAAAAAACAUAUAGUGGAAACCCGGCAACAAGAGCACAUUUACUCAGAGAAGAAGAUCAUGAUGAAUGCAAGGUCAAACUUUAUUGCAAGAUUAUACAGGACAUUUAAGGAUAAUAAAUAUGUGUAUAUGUUAAUGGAAGCAUGCUUAGGAGGUGAGCUUUGGACGAUUCUCAGGGACAGGGGGCAUUUUGAUGAGGUGACAGCGAGAUUUUGUGUAGCCUGUGUUAUCGAGGCCUUUGAUUACCUUCAUUCAAAGGGAAUCAUAUACCGUGAUCUGAAGCCAGAAAAUCUAUUACUAGAUACUAAGGGUUAUGUUAAACUGGUAGACUUUGGUUUUGCCAAGCGAGUUGGUCAUGGCAGCAAGACGUGGACAUUCUGUGGUACUCCUGAAUAUGUUGCCCCUGAAAUUAUACUGAACAAGGGCCACGAUCAUGCUGUGGAUUACUGGUCCCUAGGAAUACUCAUGUAUGAGCUGCUAACUGGGAGUCCGCCUUUCUCAACCUCUGACCCAAUGAAGACAUACAAUAUCAUUCUCAAAGGAAUUGACGUUGUUGAAUUCACACAACAUAUUAGAAAAAAUGCUCAGAACCUCAUUAAGAAACUUUGCAGAGAUAAUCCUGCUGAAAGGCUAGGUUAUCAGAAGAAUGGAAUAGCAGACAUCAAGAAGCACAAAUGGUUCCAGGGGUUUGAUUGGCAUGGAUUACACAGGCAGAUACUAACACCGCCUAUUCAACCUAGGGUUCGAGGGCCAACAGAUUUCAGCAAUUUUGAUAAUUAUCCCAAAGACAAGGAUAUUCCUCAAGAUGAACUUUCUGGGUGGGAUAAUGACUUUUAGCUUUGUACAUCAGCUGAAGGAGGGGUAAAAAAGUAAAAAAAACUUCCAGUGGAAUUGUUGUAUUCAGUACGUUUCAACAAAAGACCUAAUCGAAGGAGAUGGUUUGGGAUCAAUCGACAGUGUGGGGCAGUGCUUAAUCUCCAAUGGCCAGACAAUUGCAGAACAGAAACAGAUGGGAAGAAAUGGAUACCCUCCAGACAAAAGCCAAUAACACCGAAACUUGGGAACUUCAAAUUGUUGCCCUUAUCCCUUAGGGGUGCAUAUCUAAAUUCCGAAGGUCUUUUGUUCCGGGGGGGGGGCUUUUGUUCUGAAGGACCGCUGUUCCGAAGUACCAUUCAUCCAAGGGUCCCCUAUUACGAGGGUCCGCUAUAUGUAUUUGAGUAUAUGAGCCAAAUUACAUGAGUGCAGACAACAAAAUGGCACAGGAGAGAGCAGAAAAUGUCAUAGCAUAAAAUAAUUAAAAGCGCCUCUCUGCACAUGCAAGUAAUACCAUUGCGUUUAAGUGCGGCUAAUAACUUUUUUCAGAAUAGCAUAUCCUUGGACUAAAAGCAUUCGGAAUAUCGGACCUUCUGCCCUUUGGAAUAUCAGGCCCUCAAAACAGCAGUCGAUUUUUUAACUUGGCUCCUACAGUCUUCGGAAGAUACGGCUGUCCCCACUCUUAAAGGCAUGGCUGGCAAUAAUAAUGAUGAAAAGCUAAUUGCAAUAGAAACACUUGGAAUAAAUUGCUGGCUGUUGUCAUGAGACAAUUUUUGAAUUAACUUAAACAAUGGGAAUGGACUGGGAAAAUGUUACUGCCAUAUCUUUCAUUUUCUUUAUGUGCAGAUGCAGAGAUUCAGUCCUUAAAGAAAACCACAGAGACAUACUGAAGUUGGUUGCCACUAAACUUUUAAAUUGAGGAUGCUUUUAUGUGGUGAUAACACUGGCCUAUAAUUUAUGGUCGGCUUAAUUUUUGAGUGACAAAUGUACAUUUUUCAAAGGGCUAUGGAUGUUUGUCCAAUCAAACGUCCAUCAUAGUAAACAAGGAAGACACUGAUAAGACACGUAUUACAGCUAAUGAGCAAUUGUAUAGUAUAUUAUAGUCCUGGGUAUUGUAAUCAUGAUGAAUGGGAAGUGUGCAAGUGGGAUACCAUGUGUCAGGAUCUAAGUUUUAAUUCCUGUAAGAUAUUUAAAAUAUUAAUCCAGAAGGUCCAUAGUCUGAUGUCUUAAUUCUGCAUGCUGCACUUAUCACAACAUUAUUUAUAUCGUAUCUUGGUGUUUAUCUCUAAUGUGAUGGAGUUUCUUGCACUUUAUGAAUAAUCCACUAAUCUCUCUGAUAUAUUUGUAUAUAGGAACGUAAAAAAAGUUUCACAUUUUUUUGUCAAAUGUUUGAUCCAAACUCUAGUCAUAUAGCAUCAGUAUCUAGUCAUUUACUCAUCAAUUACUAAUAUGGUAUGAAUACGUGUUCCUAGGAAAAUGUUAUACCUGGAAAUCAUUAAUCUUAUUUAAUUUAAUAGCGUUUCACUCAUCUUCACAUUAUUUCAUAUGAAAAUUUUGAGUUAUCAUAUUAUAAUAUAAAUACUGGAAAGUACAUACAUCUGACAAUCACUGGCAGACAAAAACA